AUGCGCAUCAAACAGCGGAGAUUCCCAUGGAAAGAUGUAUGGAUCGAAAAACUUGGGGGAGUUGAAAAAGCAAGGAAUCGAUGCGCUACAUGGUGUUUGGAUAAGAACGACGCGUUUCUACCUAGAAGGGUAAGGCGAAUCUCGUCGACUGUAUCGUGGAGUUAUGUAAAUGAUGACGCAUUACUAGAAGUAAGAAAUCAGCAUUGAGAAAAGCGGUUGGAACGAAAACAGCUGUUGCUGUACAUUUUCAAUUUGGGCAGCUAGAAUGGAGCAUUGCUUCGAUUUGAAUUUAGCCGCAGGGGUGACCAAAUUCUGUUUUGACAUUAGCUUAUUCUCGUAAAUUGAUGUCGAGCCGACAUAGGAAGAUGUGCUAAAAUCUAAAUUGUCAAGUUGCCAAUUCGUUGCCCUUGACGAGGAGUAGCUGGCAACGAAGCUUUUCAACUUUAAGCCUAUGUCGCCAAUCAGCGUAGGAGCGUAGGUUCUAUGGGGCACCAAGAGACUGAAUUAAUAGUGUCUAGCUUCAUCCUUCUCCAUUUUUCUUUUCAUAGCGUCUCAAUAGAUUCUAGUGAAAGUUUAUUGAAUGUUAAUUGAAGUGGAGUGAGUAAGAAUUCAAACGAAAUUCUAUUUUGUCCUUUUCCUCUGCAUACUGCUGCUCAAAAACAAUUGCGUUUUGAAGUUGGAAUCUCUUUGCGAAGCAAAUAGGUUUUAGCAUAACAUAACACUAUCAGCAUUGGCGAGUUGUCCCAUAUAUCUUAGAG